AUGACCAAAAUAGAGUGUAAUGUUACCGAUAAAACGUUGCUACGUCUGAAUGUGUGUCGCCUGAAGGCGGUGAAACGGGACGUUACUGAGGCGACAGUUCGCGUGCAGCUACUAAGAAAAGUUUACAAUUGCAAUUUGCAUAUUGAACUGCUGCGCAAGUACAACUAUUAUCAACCCUUCUUUAUCAAUAAAACUUUCGACGCUUGCGAGUUUCUGAAAACGCGUAAGAGCGCUCUAUAUUUGGGCAUAUUAAUCAAACUGAUAGAGAAGUACACGAAUGCCAAUCACUCAUGUCCUUAUGAUGGCGAGUUCAUAGUCGAUCGCUUCAGGCCAUUGCAUACAAACUUGAUGCUACCGAUUCCCACCGGUGAAUACCUCAUUAAAUUUGUCUUUUACAACUCAAACGCUAUGGCAUUCCAGUUAUUUGUGUGGUUUGGCUUCAAGGAGUUGGAAAGAUGGGAAAAUCGCACUAAAGUCGAAUGGUUUCAAAAGUCACUACAUUAA